AUGAGUGCAUGAUAGCAGCAUUUGAGGAAAUCGACUUGUGUCCAGACCAGUAUGCGGUAUGUGAAGAUGUGGAUAUAACUGAACAGGGAUCAGAAUGGGAUGGCCUUGGUUACAAAUGCACUUGUCCAAGUGGCACAGAAGAGGAUCAGGGAUCCUCAAGCACAACUUCCAGCCUUCUUGAUGCUUUCAGAGAUCCAUCACAGAUCAUAUGCAAAGUCGUGGAUCAAUGCGAAUUGCCAAAUAUCUGCACGGGACCCGGGGAAGUCAACGGAACUUGCAAAGAUUCGGCGGGAUUUUUGCCAACCUGUGAUUGCGAAGCGCACUUUUUCCAAAACACCCAACCGACUGAUGAAGUAGAGGACAAAUGCUUC